UCUACUUUUCAUUCUCAAGCACUUCCUCCGCAAACAGUCCACGGAAAGCCCAUCACUGGCCGCCCACAGCCUGUCCCCUCAAGCCUGGAGUCUGCGGUUGUCGUGAUGCGGUUGGGUCGUGAUUGCAUGGCGAUCGGACGGAGCUGAAAGCACAGAAGUCAUGAUGGAGACCGUUGAGCAGCUGGUGUCUUUCCAGCACGUCCAUGUGCAACUGAACGGAGGCGCUCCGUGGGGAUUCACUCUGAAAGGAGGACUGGAGCACGGCGAGCCACUCAUCAUAACUAAAAUAGAAGAGGGAGGAAAGGCAGCUCAGUGUAAGAAGUUGAGAGUUGGGGAUGAACUGGUGAACAUUAACGGCUCUGCUCUCUACGGCUCGCGGCAAGAAGCUCUCAUCCUCAUCAAAGGCUCUUACAGGGUUCUCAAAAUCGUCGUCCGAAGGCGCUGUGUGCCAGUGAUCCGUCCCCACUCUUGGCACCUGGCGAAGCUGUCAGAGGCACCCUGCACUACGGGCACUGGUGACCCCUCAGAUGCCCCCCCGGCUAUGCAGCUCCACUUCACACCUCUCAGUGUACCGUGGCACUCCGGAGGUGACAAUAGUGAGCUGUCCAUGCAGUGGGGCCAUAUCUCCAGGCACUACAGCACAGACCGCAGUAGCUCAAUAGGAAGUAUGGAGAGUCUGGAGAAUCCUCCCAACCAGGGUUACUAUGACAGUCAGCUCUCUCCCAUUGAUCCGGUCAUAUUCAACAACAAACGUGACUCCGCUUACAGCUCAUUCUCAGCCAGCUCAAACACAUCCGAUUACACUGUCCCUGUCAAGCCUGAGGAUACCAACUCUAUGGACAGUCUUCUCCAGGGUUUUGGUUCUUCCUGCAGGUAUCCAGACGGAAGCCAACAUUGUGCCUCCAGUGGCCAUGGAAGCCAGCGGGAAGAGCGUGAACACUCCAAGAUACUAUCUGACAGAACUAAUGCCAAAGUCCGACCGUCAUCCUACAGCUGCGAGGAGGAACACUGUGUGCCACCGCGGCCACCCAUGAGGAAGGACAGUUUUAGGGCUACUAAAGGCCAACCAACAGAUAAACGCUGUGUGUCUGCUCCUGUAGGCAUUCCUAGUGUAACCAGCUGCAUGGUUGAAGAUCAAUCUCAAAUCCAGGAAGUUUUGACCGGCGAUGUUUAUUUGAAUGGAACACGAGACAUGGAGCAAGAACGUAAAGGAUGCACCAUUGAACCUUAUUACACAUUCAACUCUAAGAGAGACUCUGAUGGACAUAACAAGGCAACUAACCAUGAGAAAAAACACUUGAAAAACUAUUCAGAAACUGUGGUGGUGUCUACGCCUCCUCUUAGUCCCUUAUCUCAAAGGAAUAUGGAUGAGAACUUCAAUACCCAACUCGAACCAGAACGUACUAUCCAGUCAGCAAUGCACAGACACAGUGCACCAGAGAAACUUCUAGCUUCUCAGCUGUGUAUGAUGGAUUUUUCUGCCGACAAAAGUUAUAAUCGUGCAUCUCCAACUUGUCAGUGGUCACAGUCACCUCUUUAUCUGAGUGAGACUAGUCCAAAUAAGACCCAGGGCCGAACAAGUAGAUGUUCCACACCUGAUUCAGUGGCAACUUCUGAACUUGAGGAUCCCAGGUUAGAAGAGGAUCCUCUUGAUUCUAGACAGAAUCUCUGGGGGAAGCCUAUUAAUGUCUCUGGAAAUCCCACGGAGAAUGGAUUCUCCACUGCUAACUCUCAGACCAGUGAUAAGAACUUUGGGUCUGUAGGUGCUGGCAUGUGUGUGGACACUCACCUGAAUGAGAACGGGGGAGAAGUGAGGGUAGACGAUGGCAGCGUCACAAAGCAGUCACAGAAGCGGCAGCUCCGUAGCAGCAAAUCGCGUCGUAGAAAUGAGCGUUUUGCAACAAACCUCAGAAAUGAGAUCCAGAGGAAAAAGGCCCAGCUGCAGAAGAGUAGAAACCCAUGCGGUGAGGAGACGGUGGAAGAAGAGGUUGCAGAUCUCAACAUGGAGGCAGUAGCUCCUCCAGAGUACCAUCAACCCAGAUCCCAAACCUUGUCAAGAACUCUUACCAGUCCUUCCACUGCCUCCUUGCAAUUAUCCAAACAGAUGCAACAAGUUAUUGAAACAACCCAAGUUGAGGAACACUCCAGAUCCAGGGAUGUGUGCUUCCAGGCAUCUCAGCCCCAAACCCAGAUCUCUCAACAUGCCAGACAAAUGUGUGUGCAUGUGGUGGAGGAGAUAGUACCUGCAGAUAAACCACGACAGCGGCGAUGGACACCAGAAUACAAGCUUCAGCCAGAAACAGAGCCAGGUGAGAGUAAGAGAAAUGAGGCUACUGGACAGAUGUGGUCUGGAAAAAGGGGAUUAACAAGAGGGAGGAUGGGUUCCUCCAGUAGUCGUUCAGCUCGAUCGGAUGAGUGUGAUAUCCCUCCCUUUGCAGACCGCAGGAGGUUCUUUGAAGAGACUAGCAGAAAGUUGAGUCAGUCUGUAACAAACUUGUCAAGCCUGACAAGUCGAAAUCAGAGACUAGAGAAGCAAAGUACACCGACCCAUCCAUCCUCACCUGAACCUCUUGAAAUGGCCACUAACCUGGGCCGGAGGAGGUUUUCAUAUCAAGAUGUGCCCUACGACAACUCACUGGACACUGGGACACAGUUUAUGAGUACCCAACAAGACCAAGAAAAACUGAGGGAGAGGCUGAUAGAGAGAGAGCAGGAGAAAGAAAGAGAGCAGGAGAGAGUCAAGGAGAAAGAGACACUUAGAGAACAAGAGAGGGAGAAUGAAAGAUUAAGGAAAGAGAGGGAAAUGGAGCAACAACGGGUGAAUGACUGGGAGGAGAGGCAAAGACUGCUUCAGAGAGAACAAGAAAGGGAAUCCAGGAGAGAAACUCUUCAUUCCGAACACAAUAUGAGUAGUGACACAGUUCCUCAGUCUUUAUCUCACGACGCCUGUCAGAAACAGCCGCCCAUUCCUCGGGUUCCUGCUUUUCUCCAGUCCUCUGAGCAUUUCUAUAGCAACACUACCACCAAGAUCCAGAAGCCUUGCUCAGCGUUUCACCCAGUGACCACUCAGCUCAAUCAGUAUGAUGACUACCAUGUAAAUCCACCCUACAAGGCUAGGAGCUACACCCCGACUGAAGUCCAUCCUGUGCAGGAACUAGCAAAAAAACUAAACCGAAAUUUCAGCUUAACAGAGAGGGACUACUCAAGGUGUAGGAGAGACUCCAAGUCAGUAGAGGGUGCUGCUGUUCCUAGCUUCAUGGGUCAAGGUGGCAACAGAAUGACCGGUGGCCGCACUGAAGAGCAUCUUUUUUCACCCCUUAGAAACCGUGCUAUGUCAGAAAAUGACAUUCGUGUGGACACAAAAGAUGUUCAGAAUCACACCAGCGUCCCACCAAGCAGAAUGCGUGCGUCCACUCUUAGUGACCUGGAUGAGAAUGGAGUAUGUGUAGGUGAAGUAAAGAAGAAAAAAGGGCCUCCGCCACCUCGUCCACCGCCCCCAAAUUGGGAUCAGUUCCACAAGAGACGGGCAUCCCAUCAUAACCUCUUCUCCUCCCCACCACUUUAUUCCUCCCCACCUCGACCACAGCCGUGCACGUCCCAGCCCUGCAGUGUGCCUGAAAUGACACGUCAGCGCUCCUAUAGUCUUCCUCCGAGGGAGAUCUCCGAGAGCAAUCACUGCUGCAGUCAGGAGUACUCUGCGGCUCCCCCCAGCCCUGCUUUUACACAUCGGGCCUUUAAACCUGUAGCCCUGCCCCCAAGAGAGAGAGACACGAGGAGGGAACUUCAUCAACCUUUGCCACAGCCUGAACCAUGCACAAGAAUACCUGUCCAUAACGCUGAAGGGUCAGAUGAGCCUAGAAUCACACUGGUGAAGCCCAUCUUUUUUGAGCAUCGAGCUGAGUGGGACCGGUCCAGUCCUCAUUACCCUGCACUGGGCACUACCAGGCCUCUUGAAGUCCCAGAGAAGAGUUUGUCAUCUGUAGCCAUGUGUCCAGAAUCCUACUUCUCCAUGAACAACUACCACUUGCUGCCCCAUCAAGCAGGCUUCCCUGGAACAGCCCACAAAAACCAGAUUAUUUCCUCCCGCAGUCCCAGCAUCAUUGAAGAUGGAAACCAGCCCCUGGAGACGGACAUAGAUGAGAUCGGUGAGAAUGAGCGGUUAGGAGAAAUUGACAGGAGGGAAGGAGAGGACAGGAUGGAGCUGCAGGGUUUUGCUCGACCAGUUAUGGUGCUGGAAACAGACAUUGACAACACGCCUGAGGAAGGGUCUCUAUCAGCGAGAAACCUUAGAGGGCCGAGGGCCGCUUUUGUUGACUCAAUUCUAGAGGAUGAUUAUGGUUUAUCUAGGAAAGAGCUGAUAGGAGAGUUAUUUCCACACAGUGUAAAUACAGAGACGGGUGCAGAGGGCUGGAGAGGUGGCCACCCAAUCAGUGGAGGAACGCUAGAGAGGUCUUCUAGACUGGGAACAUCCACAGCACAAGUUUCACGAUCGACCUGUUAUGACACAUCGGCUGACAACCCACAACUUCUUGCCAGGAUUCGAGAGAUCUCCGAGAGGAAAGAGGAGGAGGAAGAGCUCAAUUAUAAGAAGCAGCUGAUGGAGAGCCUUCGUAAAAAGCUGGACAUCCUGCGUGAGGCACAGAGGGACCUGCAAGAGGACAUUCGUGCCAACACUCAGCUGGGAGAGGAGGUGGAGAGCCUGGUGCUCGCUAUCUGCAAGCCCAACGAGGUGGACAAGUUCCGAAUGUUCAUCGGUGACCUAGACAAGGUGACCAGUCUGCUGUUGUCUCUUUCUGGGAGGCUGAUCCGAGUAGAAAGCGCCUUGGACUGUGUGGACCCAGAGACUGGCCACCACGGGAGGCUACAACUUCUGGAAAAGAAGAAGCAGCUGCUGGUGCAGAUGGGAGAGGCUCAGGAGCUCAAGGAGCAUGUGGACCGGCGUGAGCAGGCGGUUGGCAAGGUGCUGGAAUGUUGCCUGACUCCAGAACAGAUGCGUGACUACAGUCACUUUGUGAAGAUGAAAGCAGCCCUACUGGUAGAGCAGAGGCAACUGGAUGACAAGAUCAGGCUCGGCGAGGAGCAGCUCAGGGGACUCAGAGAGAGCCUCGGCCUGGGGCUGGGGCUGGGGGUUGGGAUGGGGUACGGGCAAUACUGAGAAGUGCUGAAUGAGUGUAUCUACAACAGGAUUUGAGAUGGACCAAAAAAGACCUUGAACUGUGGAAUGCUUUAAAGAAUGGACAUUACUACCAACAUUACUACAACUACCACAGAUGUUCAGAUGUUGAGUUCAGUUCAAAAACACUACAUCACUACUUGAAGUCAUCUGUUAGGUCUUCAGCUGCACUAAUAAUCGUUCAGUAAAGUUGUUUUGUGCUUACUAAUGUAACAUCUGACAGCCAAAAAAUGCAUGUGUGCUUGUACUUCUCAUUGAAUACAGCAGGGGGAGUGUCCAUGCACUGCUAUUUAUUUAUUUAUGUGUGUAUAUAUUCAUACACACAAUAUAUCUCAGUAAAUUAGAGGAUUCUGGUUUCAAGGUCACAUUGCUUUAAUAAUUUACAUUUACGCCUCACGUUGCAUGAAUCCAAUUUCAUUCCGUUCUUUGGCAUGUUAAGUGUUAUUGUUCCUUAAAAAAAUUGUUUUGUUAAGUAUUUGUAUGUUCAUUGAAAACGUGUACAUAGUGGAUGCCGUAGUGCAUCUUUAAGUCACAGAAGUUUCAUUCUGUCAUAACUGGAACUUUUCUUACACUAAAUGGUGUGGCGUAUUGUUGCAGUGUUUUCAAAAGGGGCCAUUUAUACUUACUUUUUAUAUUCAGUAUGCCUUAUAGUACUCACUACACUUUUCUCAGAUAAUUAUCAUUGCCAAAGAUCAAAUUUGUCUACAUAAGGAUAUAAAUGUGCUAUGCCUGUUUUGAGGAAUAUGCAUAAAUGUCUUGAAGAUCAGCCUUGCUUUACCAAAGAUCUUAUAUUGACAUGUUUUUGGCAUAAGAGUUUUUGGUUAAUUGAGAUGCACUGUUUAACCUUUAUGUAUCAUCUCAGAUCACGGCAACUUUUGAGGCGAUUGCUACUAGAUUUCCUUUUCUUUGUGAGAAACUGGACAUUUCUUUAGAAGGAAGGAGAAUGCUGCUUUUGUUGACCAUUUACUGCCUUGAAAAUAUUUUCUUUUUUAUUGCAAAACCAGCUUGAGAUGAAUAUUAAGGAGAAACAAAUAAGAGUGAGAUGAAGUUGAUUUGUAUGUGAAGGGCUUGUUGUACAGGAACGAGGAAUGAAUGUAUGUAUUUGGUUUCAGAAUUGCAGAUUCAUGAGGUAAAUGUGCCUUUGAGCUUAUUGUUGCAGUUUUAUUUUUUUUCUUCACUCUGUAUAAAUUUUAUAGUUUAUAAAUAACUAUAAACUACUAUUGAUCAUUUUGUUGUACCAUACGUCGUAAAAAGCAUAAUGCUGAAGAUGAAAGAAAAUACUUGGUUUAUUGUUAAAUUUCUGUUUGAUUGAAAAGAUUCAUUGUAUAGCGUACCAUUAAAAACGAUAUCUUAUGAGGGUUA